AUGUUAGAAGAACAUCCUUUCUUUGCUCACCCUCAUCCCCCUCCAUACGAUGACAGCUUCGAAAGCAGCUCCGGGGAGCCCUCAAAAUGUGGGAAAAAGGCGCACAAGGAAAGAGCCAAAAAGCGUAUGGAAGAUGAUGAACAGCCCGAAAAGCCAGAAUUCGGAUUCGGUCAUUCCUGUGGCCGUGGCCGUGCUGGUCGCGGAUUUUUUCGUCACCAUCUCGGACAUGAGCAAGAGCAUGGAUUCAGCCAAUGUGCUACACAUGAAGGCCCAGGACUCGGGCAUCAUCACCGCCACUCUCACCACGGACGAGGUGGUCUAGGUCCUCAAUUGCACACAUGGGGAAUGUGCAGCGGACUAGGACGAGGUCCAGGAGGGAGAGGGGGCAGAGGCUUCGGCCAUCAUUUUUACAACUUCCACCAUAUGCAUCCUCGCUUCCGCUCUUUUCACCACUCACACGACGCAGCCAGUUUCACGCCACCGGUCGACAUCUUUGUCACAGCUACCCAAACCAUCGUCCAUGUCUCGCUUCCGGGAGCUCAAAAGUCGGAUCUGAGUAUUGCGUAUGAUGCGACGCAUUCGAUACUCCGCAUGGCUGGAGUUGUGCACCGUCCUGAAGUUGACGAGGAGAUGUACAGGGCUUUGCUGGUUGAGGAGAGAGCACGUCAUGUGGGGGUGUUUGAAAGGGAAGUGCCAAUCUCCCAUACCGUUGCCAUUGAAGGGGUCCAGGCUCGACUGGUUGAUGGGGUUCUGAGGGUUGCACUUCCUAGGGUUGAGGGAGAAGUUGGACAACCCGACGAGGAGAUGGAGGAGAUGGAAAAGGAGGGUGCAAAUAGUGAAUUGAGCAUUGAGGGAGAAGAGGAAGAAGAACAUGAGGAUGUGGAGGAGGAGGUUGAGAGGGAGUAUGUGAAGGUGGAUAUUCAGUGA